GGAUCAGCUGGCGGGAGGCGUGCGCUCUUGCGCUCCCGGAGCCGGCGGCGGGGGCUGUUUUGGUGCGGAGCUCAGCGGGCAAGAGACUGGGACAAAGCAGCCGCCGACGAGGCAGCGCGACCAGCGGAGCCCCAGGCGCGCGGCCUCCUCACCCCGCGCGGAUGCUGCUGCGCGGAUUCUCUUCUGCUUAGGUUGCGCCGGCGUUGCGCGCCCCCCCCCAUGCUCCUUGCCCGGGUCUUGCUGCCAUCAUGACCACGCUCCGCUUGUGGGACCACCUGCGGGCCGGCAGCUCCGAGCUGGACUGGUGCGAAGACAACUACACCAUCGUGCCCGGCAUCGCCGAGUUUUACAACACGAUAAGCAACAUCUUAUUUUUUGUUUUGCCACCCAUAUGUAUGUGCUUAUUCCGACAAUAUGCAACCUACUUCAACAGCGGAAUAUAUUUAAUAUGGACCCUCCUAGUGGUGGUUGGAAUUGGAUCUGUCUACUUCCACGCCACGCUCAGUUUCCUGGGUCAGAUGCUUGACGAACUCGCUAUACUCUGGGUUUUGAUGUGUGCUCUGGCUUUGUGGUUUCCCAGAAGAUAUCUUCCCAAAAUGUUCAGGAACGACAGGGGCCGAUUUAAAGCAGCAGUGGGCAUUCUCUCUGGAGUCACCACCUGCCUCGCCUUCAUCAAGCCUGCCAUCAAUAACAUCUCGCUGAUGACGUUGGGUCUUCCCUGCAGUGCCUUGCUCAUCGCAGAGCUGAAAAGAUGCGACAAUGUGCGAGUCUACAAGCUGGGACUCUUUUCUGGCCUCUGGUGGACUUUGGCCCUUUUUUGUUGGAUCAGCGACAAAGUAUUUUGUGAGAUCUGGUCGUCAUUCAACUUCCAAUAUUUGCACUGCGUAUGGCACAUCCUCAUUUGCAUCGCCGCUUACCUGGGCUGUGUGUGCUUUGCCUACUUCGAUGCCGUCUCGGAGAUCCCUGAGCAGGGCCCGGUCAUUAAGUUCUGGCCCAGCGAGAAGUGGGCUUUCAUUGGGGUCCCUUACGUCUCCCUCCUCUGCGCGCACAAGAAAUCGCCCCUGAAGAUUACAUGAUGGCGGCGGUUCUAACAUGCAGGAGGAGGAGGAGAGGCCAGAGAACGACACCCUUGCGUUGCUUUCUCUCUCUUUCUCUACAAACUGCGGUUCUGCAAAGGGAGCCACGAGGACGUCGCUGCAUCUUCCCUGCCUCCCCCCCCCCCUGUCUCUGGCUCCCAAGCAAAGUUCUUAGGAGUGAGCAGCAACGGAGAACUCUUUUGCACCCCUUCUCUGUGGUUUGGGCAGAUCUGGUGUCCCCCCCCCCUACUAGAAGUCUGAAUGAUAGUGCUGGCAACGUUUUGCCGUGUGCAUUUUGCAUAGCGUUCUCUAGCUGGAACUAGACGUUGUGGGAGAUGUGAAGUUGCUGUUGAAGAGGCACCAAGCCAGUAUCGCCAUCUCCUUUUUUCCACCACUGAACUUUGCCUCGCUUUUAAUUGGCUGCCAGCUGCUCUUGCAGGGCGGGGGCGCUCAGAAUGCUCUGACAUCACAGCAUGUCCGCCUUGACAAUGCCAUGCGGGGUGGGGGGGUGGGGGGAGGCAGCCGCCACCCGAUUUCCCAUAAAGCCCAGCUCCUGACAAAACCCCUCCGGUCAACUCCGAGAGAGUAUUUAUACAGGCAGUCUUUUGUUGUGAAGCAACCCCAGGAUGCAGCUGUUUACUGAAGGCUUUUAAAAGGUUUGCUUUGUAGUUCUACCAUUAUCGCCUCUCUCGCAGACUUGGGAGGGUAUUUAUACCGACAGCUUCUUCAAGGACGAAAUAUCUUUCUAGCCAGUCCAGUCAGAAGUUGUGGGGGGGGGGCAGGGAUUCGCAAGGAAAUACGUUUUGAGAAGCCGGCUUUUCUUCUCCGUUGCUUGAUUUCGUAGUUUGUAGGCUUAACACUGAGGCUGUUCUGCUCACUAUUCUGCUCUAGGUCUCCUCCUGUUGUCCUAUGGUAAACUCAUUCUCCCUGGGCAGGAGCAUGGCCAACUUACGAAGGGCAGCUGGGUCUGUGCUGUGACCCUUUCCCCCUGCUGAUUUCUGCAGAUCAGGCUGCUGCUGACGGCAUAGGAACAAGCCAGUCCAGGCUGCCCCUGCCUUUGUCCACUGUCCCCCUUACUUGGCAGGGUGAUGAUCUAGUGGCCACAUGCCAUUAGUUGCCACUUGAAUGGGGGGGGCGGGGAGAAACAAAAAUUGCAUGUAUCUAUUCAGAGGAAGUGGCCUUUUUCACUUACGGUACCUUUUUGUGAUGUUCAUCUCCCUGGGCUUGAAGGCCUCGAACUUGUGCAAAUUUGUAGCUGCUGCCUCGGAUCCUGCUCUCUUUACUCAGGGCUAUGAGGCUGGCGGUGUGGAAGACCCCUCCGGAGAGAUGCCUCCGAUCUAUUGGCGUGACUGCAUCGCUCAACCACCAUUUUAAGCACAACUGAGGGCACUUGGUGGUGGAGGUGGGUUGGGAGUCCCGGGACAGACCUCUUUCUCCCCCUCGCCCCCUGAACCUUCCCCAGUUGGAAUGCUGGCUGCCUUGUGCAGCCCUUAGACCCGGCUUCCUCAACCUCAGCCCUCCAGAUGUUUGGAGACUACAAUUCCCAUCACUCCUGACCGCUGGUCCUGCUAGCUAGGGAUCUUGGGAGUUGUAGGCCAAAAACACCUGGAGGGCCGAGGUUGCGGAAGCCUGCCUUAGACAUCACACAUUGGUUCAAUCCUUGCUGCUUUUUCAAGUAUUGCAGCAGAAUUCUGGGUUGAGUUGGCAAUGCAACUGGAGGAGAGCGGGCAGAUCUCUUUACAAGGUUGGGCCUUUGAGGGCAGUGUGAAUAAGGUAUUCAAUGUUAGUCCUACUCAGAGCUGUCCCAUUAAAACAUGGACUUAGUUGGGCUGGAAAAUGAGAUGGUGGGUUAAAAGUUCUAAAUGCAUGACAACCUCUCCUUCCAUUGAGAGAUUUGAAUUGCAAGAUCUAAGAAUGAACCCUCAGAUUCCGAUCCACUUGCUUGAGCUCUGAGCUUCAUCCUUAUUAUUUGGGGUUGUUUGCCAAUCUAUGACGAACAGCAGACUAAAAAAAACACUGUUAGGUGAUUGUGGGCAAGAAAGCAAUUAACCAAUUAAACACUUCAUUAUUAACAUAUAAUUAAUCUAUUAAAAAUCAAGGCCAAGGUGUCUCGACAGAAACGACAGCCAGAAAAGUGUGCAUCAU